GACGUACACGUGCCUUUGUGAGUUUGAUUCGUUCAAAUUCCUUAAUGCGACUUGAACUGUUAGUACACAGGAGUCAAUUUGUGGAAACAUUUGUUGAGAAAAGCAGUAUUUUGAAACGCCGAGAUUUGUAAUCGACUUUUUCGACGUCCUUUUUAGUGGUACAUCCUACUUUGUUAGCGAACCCGUUAGCCCGUCCAAGUGGUACAGCCCACUUUUCCUUUCGGAGGCAGGCAGAUUUCCAUCCACAGUUGGCCGGGACGCACGAGGACUACACGGUCCGGUCCAGUCAACGGAGCCAUGGAGCCGCUCUACGGACUUUUAACAACAAUCCUGGUCGUUUGUGGACUCGCCGGUGUAACCAGCAAUUUGGUGGUGGUUCCUGAGACACUGGACGCAGUGCAGGGCAAGAAGAUCACAUUGAACUGCUGGAUCGGGUCCGUGCCCGACCUGAAACUUAUCCAGAGCUCCUGGGAGCGCCAACUCCCUUCAGGCAAGGAGAUUCUCGCAGUGUACCACUCAGAGUACGGGACAUCCAUCCCCACAGAGUUAGCCAAUCGCGUCACCUUCGUUUCUGCCACGACCGGCGAUGUCAGCAUCACCCUGGACAACGUAACCCUUGAUGAUAUCGGCGUAUACACUUGCAAGGCGUCCACUUUUCCACUAGGAAAUUCCCAAGCAUCCACACAAGUCAAUGUAUUAGUGGAGCCCAAAGUGUACGUGUCGGCCAGUCCCGUCGCCCUCGUGGACGGUGAGGGCGAAUCUCUGGUGGCCACCUGCAUCGCAGAGAAAGGCCGCCCCACUGCCGAGGUCUCCUGGGAGACGGACCUGCGCGGCCGUGUGGAGAAACAGACUGUUGAGGAGACUGACGGCACGGUCAGUGUGCAGGUCCGCUACCUGUGGCAGCCGUCAAGCUCCGCCCAGGGCAAGACGCUCACCUGUGUGGUGCACCACCCCGCACUGCAGACAGAGUUCAGGAUACCAUACGUGCUCAAUAUUCAGUUUGCACCGACGGUCAUCAUAGAGGGGGUAGAGAAAAACUGGUAUGCCGGACAAACCGACGUUGUGCUCAUUUGUGACGCACAGGCCAACCCCCCUACCCACCAGUAUUUAUGGGCCAGGUUGGACGGGCCAAUGCCGAAUGGCGUUGAGGCCAUUAGCAACAGGUUUGCGUUCUUGCGUCCGCUGGAGCUCAAUGACUCAGGCGUAUACCGCUGCGAAGCCAGCAAUGAUGUCGGCACCCGUAGCCAAGACUUAUCCUUCUGGGUCCAAGAACGCCCAUCUACCACGGCCACCCCUUCUCCCACCACCCGGACGACUAGCAUAGUGUCUGGCACAGAGCGCUCCCAAUUCACCUCCCCCACACUGGCCCCUGAGGGGGACAACAUGCUGGGUGUCAUAGUGGGCGGAGUGGUAAUCGGCCUCUUGUUUCUGAUCCUGGCACCGCUUGCGGCCUGGUUUUGUUUCAUCCGCAAGCGCCGGACCUUCCGGGGCGACUACUACACCAAGCAGUACCUGGGCCCUUCGGACAUGCAGAAGGAGACGCAGCUGGACGUGCUGCAGCCCCACGAGCUCCAAGAGGUGUACGGAGACAAGGCCGACAAAGGCAGUCAGGAGUUGAAGCCGAAACUCUGCGGGGACGUCAUUUACCCCGACUACACGAGUAAGGAACAGGGCGGUGACGACUGGACCGAUCGCGAGGGCGACUACUACCCCGACCCCUACCACGGUCAGAACAUGCACCACCCGUGCGGGCCCCCCGUGCUCACCAACGGCUCGCCCUACCUCUCAAACAACCGCUACAACAACUGCACCGACAGCGACUACGUGGCGCACGUGGACGGCUCGGUCAUUUCGCGACGGGAGUGGUACGUCUGAGCAAAACUGAAAAGCGCUUUAUCUUAUUAAGGAGGCCGGAACGCCUCCGCCGCGAUGUGAUCGGCCAACAUUUGGCCUCUUAAAAGCAUUAAGUAUCGGACACGCUCUCAAAGGGAACGUCAGGAAACAAAAGAGAAGGCUUUCCGUUACACACUACUGAAAUGUGAACAGUCGCACAAAUGUCAAAGCCAGACACACCAGAGACUCCCGUGGUUGGCUUUUCUCGCUUUUUACCCCCCUUCCUCAAGGCCGCGUCCUCCGUUUUACUCGGCCUGCGAAAGCUUACCGCAAAUUUUCUUGUUCGAAACGUUUCUUUAAAUUGAUAACCAAAUGUGGGGGCGAUUACGUACUGUAAUCCCGCACCCUUCUGUAAGAAAUCCUAAACCCUCUAUGGUUUCACACAGAAAUUUUUCAUUGAAUUUUUUUCCUCCAUUACGGCAAGUUGGACUAUUGGUUCUCACGUCUGCCUGACAGUGUUUUGUUCAAAGCCAGGCAUUGAACUUCAUUUUCUUAGGGAUGGGGACAUUUUAAAAAUGCGCUUCGUUUACCACUGGAAAGCUUGCUUUGUCGACUGUUUGUUUGGCGACCAGUCUGUCAGUGAUCUACGGUAUUAUGAAAAAGUAUCUGAACCUUUUGGAGAUUCUCACAUUUCUGCAUAAAGAUCUUGGUCAAAAUCACACAGAUGAAAAAGCAGUGUCUACUUUUAACUAAAACCACCCAAACAUUUAUAGGUUUUCAUAUUUUAAUGAGAAUAGUAUGCAAACAAUGACAGAAUGGGGAAAAAUAAGUAAGUUGAACCGUCAUAUUUACUAUUUUGUGUCCCCCCCCCCCCCCACCUCCCCUCCCUUUGGCAGCAAUAACUCUAACCAGACGUUUCCUGUUGGGAUGUUUGGCAUGGAUCACUGUCUGUAGGUCAUGCCACAGCAUCUCAAUGGGGUUCAGGUCUGGACUUUGACUUGGCCACUCCAGAACGUGUAUUUUGUUUUUCUGAAGCCAUUCUAAAAUUGAUGUACUUCCGUGUUUUUGAUCAUUGUCUUGUUGCAGCAUCUAUCCUCUUUUUAGCUUCAACUGUCUGACAGACUGUCUCAGGUUUUCCUGCAACACAUCCAUUAAUGUUUGCUCGGUGUCCAAGCCCUGAGGCCGCAAAACAGCCCCAUAUCUUGAUGCUCCCUCCACCAUGCUUCACGGUGGGGUUGAGGUGUUGAUGUUGGUGAGCUGUUGCAUUUUUUUCCCCACACACAUUACAUGUGUUACUCCCAAACAAUUGAACUUUGGUUUCAUCAGUCCACAUAUUUUGCCAAAACGUCUGUGGAGUGUCCAAGUGCCUUUUUUUUGAAAAUUAAUCGAGCAACAAUAUUUUUUUAGACAGUAGUGGCUUCCUCCGUGGAGUCCUCCCAUGAACACCAUUCUUGGCCAUAGUUUUACAUAUAGUUGAUAUAUGCACAGGGAUAUUGGACUGUGCCAGCGAUUUCUGUAAGUCUUUAGCAGACACUCUAGCGUUCUUUUUUACCUCUCUGAGUAUUCUGCGCGGAACUCUUGGCGUCAUCUUUGGUGGACGGCCUCUCCUUGGGAGAGAAGCAACAGUGCCAAAUUCUCUCCAUUUGUAGACAACUUCUCUGACUGUUGAUUGAUGAACAUCUGGACUUUUAGAGAUGGUUUUAUAUCCUUUCCCAGCUUUAUACAAAUCCAAAAUCCUUGAUCGCAGGUCUUCAGACAGCUCUUUUGACCGAGCCAUGAUCCACAUCAGACAAUGUUUCUCAUCAAGACAUUCCUUACCAGGUGUGUGUUUUAUAGUGGGCAGGGCAGCUUUAAACCACUCAUUAUUGAUCGGGCACACACCCUACUUUUUGUUUGAUAAAAAUUGGUUUCAAUUGCUCUUUUAAGUCUCCUUUGGCAGAGGGUUCACUUUAGGAGUGGGAACUUCUUGGUACCUCACGAAACGAUUUUUGAUACAAAGCUCACGAUAACGAUGAUCUGACGAUAUGGCGAUACAACGAUUAUCGAUACAUCGGUCAGGAAAUGAUUCUAGUAUAUUCUACAAACAACUAAUAAACAGAAAAACAAGCUUCUGCUGUGAAUUGGAAUGAGUUCAUCACUAG